AUGGACUCGAAGAAGAUCAGGCCAAGCGUCCUAGUCCGAGAGCUCACUUCAUCAAGCUGUUCCACCCUCGCCACACUCAGUAGUGACAAGGCCGGCGGUACCAAAGAACGCACCAAACACACAACCCUUGAGCAUGACGAUCGAAACCCCAGCAACCCAGCCCCCAUCGAACCUCAUAUCACGAUCCUGGGAAAGGGCAGAGAACUCCUGGCUUUCUCUGGCGGAUGUGCCCGCACAUAUCUCUCCGAUCUACCUAGCCGACACAAGAGCCUGUCCAAGGAAGGGGAUUUUGCCCAUUACGUGGUGCAGCCAUGGUAUCAGUGGUUCGGACGUAACAAGCGGGUCACGACAUCUCCCACUCUGAACACGAUCCGGCUGAGGACGUGCGAUGGGAGCCAUGGUGACAAGACACUCAUCAACGGCGGCAGCUUCAAUUAUGCUGGUAUGUAUAGUAUGUCAGCAAAGUACGAAGAACUGCAUCGAAGGUGCCUGGAGGAUCUGCCAGUGAGCGGUCGGGAUGUGCCACUGAUCGAAGACGCUUUGAGGAAGGAGGUGAUGGAGUUUUGGGGAAUGGAUUGCUGUUUGACGACACCGACUGGCUAUCAGUCUAAUAUGCUCGCACUACCCGCCAUCCUGACUUCGGACUGGCUGGUCCUGAUGGACGAAAAGUCGCAUAGCUCUAUUCUGACUGCAGCACGGAUAGCGAAUACAGGUGGUCGACGCAGGUUCAAGCACAACGAUAUGUGCGAAUUGGAGGAAAUGGUGAGAGUUGCAGCCGCUGAACAGUACACGAACGUGAUGAUUGUCGUCGAAGGACUUUACAGCCUCGAUGGCAACUUACCAGAUCUCGGCAGUUUGUAUCGACUGAAGACUCGAUAUGACUUCGUAUUGGUCUGCGACGAAGCCCAUUCCUUCCUCUCCAUUGGCAAGACAGGUCGAGGUUGCCUGGAAUGGUGGAACGAUACAUAUCCCGACGAUAGCGUACCAGAAGACCUGAUCGACAUCCGCACCACAACACUGUCAAAAGCUGUCGGCGGCGUCGGCGGCAUAGUCUGUGCAAAGCAGCAGUUUGCCGAGCGACUCGCGAGCCACGACGAAGAGCUCAAGGCAGAAGGAGAGUCGCUCUCGACGUCUGCAAUGUUGCAAGCAUUGUGGGUUCUUCGACAACCCCAACGACUUUGCAGCAACCUCCACCGUGUGAGAGCAAUGUCGAUGUUCUGCAGGCAUGAGUUGCAAAGGGCCGGGGUCAUGGUGUACGGCGAGCCGUCCAUGCCAAUACUACCGAUCCAUGGCGGCCGUCCGACUAAAGCUUCCAAGCUUUCCUACGAACUUCGCAAGCACGGAGUGGCAGCGACCCCGUUCAGCAAGCCUGCCGUACCGAUGUGGCAGAGUCGAGUGAGGAUUGGUAUGUCGGCGGGAUUUUCUGAUGCGCAGGUCGGUGCGCUUAUAGACGCCAUCAUCCGGUCAUGCGAGGCAGCUGGUGUUGUGAGUUCAAACGUCGUUUCUUCAUCCCGGCGUCCAUUUGCCCAGCACGUGGCCAUGGCGGCCAGACACCCUUGCUAUGACCUGCUUGAGCAAGAGACACAAAACGCACUUGAUUCUCUUCACAGUCUUCUGGAUGCGCAGAAAGCGCGAUCGAUUGCUCUUGCCCCGCGGUUAGAUGCCGAUGCGAGAUCUCCAGACUGCCUGCCCCAAUCUAUGAUAGACGCCGGCCACAUCGUCCGCCGCUCAUAUGGUCUCGGUUCCGGUAGCUCACGGUGGAUACUAGGCACAUACCCCGCGCACCUCGAAGUCGAAGACCUUCUUUGUAAGGCCACGAGCCAGACAGCAGCCAUGACCUACACCAAUACGGAAGCAGGACUCAUGUCAAGUGUCGCUGCUGUUUGCAGGACUAUUAAGGGUCGUAAGAACCAUCGUGUUUUGCGGCCUGCCAUAUCCUCGCGGGCGAUCGUCGAUGGAUGUCGAAUCGCUCGGCAGUCAUCCGGCGUUCUUCAUGCAGUGUACGAGGGUAUCGACGACAUGCUCGAUCUGGCCAAAAUCUCGCUGGCUGGAGGAAGUCACGUCACGCUCAUUGUCGACCUUGCUUUUGCCCCAAAGGACUUCCUGGCGAUCUUGACACAGCGCCUGCUGUCAUUGCGAAGCAAAUUGAAGCACUUGACAGUCUUUCUCGCCAACAUCGACAUAGCACAGAUAUGCUCACGGCCGUCCUCGUGCGCACUCCAAGAGCUCGUAGCGCUCUGUGCCAAAUUCAACGCAGGAAUGUUGCUAUUCGGUUCGUUCUUCGAUACUUUCGGUCUUAAGGGCGCAUUUCUCGCGGGCGACUGUGCGAUGAUCGAAGAGCUUCGGUAUACGAGCAGAUGUUAUGUCUUCACCGCCGCCCCAGCUCCAUAUAUGAUGGCUAUGGUAAGCGCGGCGCUCGUGGAGAAGCUAUCCUAG